AUGAAAGAAUUGGCUCAGCCUGAGACAAACUGAGAAAAGUUUAUCCUCAACAAUUCAAAACUAAAAUUUUCCAAGAAUGAUCCAAGAUUUUCUCUCUUGAUGUUUCCAAAAUUAAGUCUUUAUGCACAAAAACUCACCAAGAACACAGAUAACAAAUUGCAGGUAGAAGAAGAGAAUGCUAAUCCAAUGUACCUUUGCACCUCCUUUGCAACAUUCUUACAGCACCCCUAUUUUUAUCCCAAAUCUAACACAAAGGAUUAUGUUUCAUCCGGUUUCUUGUGAAUUUUCAGUCCUCCAUAGUAACGGGACAGCUCUAUGUUACUUUCCGAGAAAACCCACAAAGCAUAAAUUCAGGCCCUUUAAACUCUCGUUGCAGACAUUCGAAAAGGAAAUGGAAAUAACAUCUUCAUUGACCUUAGAAAAUCUUAAAGAAUUGUUGAGGAAGCUUUCAGUUGAUGAAGCUAUAACAAGAGUUAAAAGGCCUUUUGUUUUUGUAUCAUCUUUCUCCUGUUGUUCAUGGUUAAUACCUGCACAAAUGGUACAAGCAAAUGAAGAUGUAAGAACAAAUGUCGUCUACGCGCUAUUUGAAUUGGGAAUCCAGCUUUCCUAUCUACUUUUGUUACUUGCUUUGCUUGGGGCUGGAACUUUCUUUGUAAUCCGUCAAGUCCUUAUGCGCAGAGAGCUUGAUCUUUCUGCUAAAGAAUUGCAAACAUUAUCCUUAGAUAGUCUCUCCUGGAGUACAAUCGUUAUGAACAGGACUACACUUUUCCGAAGAAAUAUCUCCCCAAAACCCUUUCCUCCUCCAUGUUUAGUGUCCCAGGCUUUCUGUGGAUCGCAUUGUAAUAGAAGAAACCAUUUAUCAAAGUUAAGUUGACUCAUAUAUAGGCACUAAUCUGUUAAAAAUAUAUAUAUAUACUUUAUGAAUUUCUUUGAAUCUUCAUGUACUCCCAUCUGUCAAGGGGGCCCUAGUAUUUCAAAGUUCUAUUUACCUUUAACUUGCUUAGUUAACUUGCCAGAACACUUAAUUUGUGUUAAUACUAGUCUUGUCAUUUUGAUUCUAUUGUAGAUUUUCAUUCGAUAUCCAUUUGCAUAAUAAAUACUUUCAUCAUUUCCAUUGAAGGAAUUUCAUCUUUAAUUUUGUAGAGUUGCUAUCAAGUCUAUUUCCUCGUUUGUAUAUUAUGCCCUUGUUUGAUGGGGAUUAAAAUCAAAUUUUAAAUGUGUGAUUGAAAAAUAGUUAAAAUUAAUUGUUGACUUUGACUUAGAUAAAAAUCAAGAUUUUAAUCCCCACCAAACAGGGGCUAUAAUGAGUUUUGAAUAUUCUGUCUUUUUUAACUCAAUAUCAGAAUUAAAAACUAUUUUCUAUUUGUUUCUAAAGAUACCCGAUGUCAUGUUUCUUAGGCUCCAAUUGACAAAUUUAUAAAUUUUUUAUAAAUAGGAACGAUAGUAGGUCCCAUAAAAUGUGUAGAUAAUAAUGAGUAGUAGUUACGAACAUGUGGUUAAAAUUAACGUUUGAUUUUGCCUUAAUUUUUAAAUCAUUUUUGUAUCUAAAUAGCGGCUUAAAUUUCCCUUUUGUACUUGUAUAUCAGACAAAUUCAUAAGGGGUCCGCAUUUCUUAAUUUUUGUUUAUUGUUCCAUCUAUUUCUCAUGAUGCUACUAUUUUUAAUAAA